CUUGCUGGUUUACGCACACCCUGUCCUUUCUCUUGCUUUGGAAAGUUGUUCCACUUGAUUGCUCAGUUUGCUUCUUUGAGUCAGUGGUGGCAGGGGAAUUAUAAAGGCUAUGAAGGCACAGCCAAGUCCCAGGUAGCCCGUGUCAGAUUUAAGUGGAUUUAAAGUUGUGCUGACUAACUCUGAAACUUUCUUUGCACAAGGGACAAACACUUUUGGAAAAAGUUGCUCCUUUUUUUUUUUUUUGCCAGCAGUGUGUAUCUGGUUCAGGGAACCUGCUGAGGUGUGCUCACCUUGCAAAGGCAACAUGGUCGGCGGUGCUUUGCAGAUUGCCGGGCUGCUCCUUGGUGGCAUUGGCAUGAUCGGGACAUUCGCUGUCACGGGCAUGCCACAGUGGAGAGUGUCUGCCUUCAUCGAGAACAACAUCAUCGUGUUUGAGACCAUUUGGGAAGGCCUGUGGAUGCACUGCGUCAGGCAAGCCAACAUCAGGAUGCAGUGCAAGGUCUACGACUCCGUGCUGGCCCUCUCGCCGGACCUGCAGGCAUCCAGAGGGCUGAUGUGUGCUGGGUCGGUGCUCUCGUUCCUCGCUUUUGUGGUUGCCAUUAUUGGGAUGAAGUGCACACGGUGCGUGCGGAGCACCUGGCAAGCCAAGGGCUAUAUUAUUCUGACGGCUGGGCUCCUCUUCAUCCUCUCGGGUGCUGUCGAGCUCAUUCCAGUCUGCUGGGUUGCCAACACCAUCAUCAGUGACUUCUACAACCCCGCGGUCAAUGUUGCCCAGAAAAGGGAGCUUGGAGAGGCCCUCUACCUGGGCUGGGCAGCUGCCUUCUGCCUCAUUGCUGCCGGAGCCAUAUUCUGUUGCUUUUACCGCUGUUGUGAGAAAACCAGAAGCUAUGGAUACUCCGCACCAACCCACUACUCCACUGACAGCCAGCAUUUGCACAGGAAGACCGAAAGCUCAUACUCCAAAAGUCAGUAUGUCUAGAUGCCUCCCGCCUUUUCCAGUUUUUGAAGCAUUCAAUCCGUCUGGAUGGAUUUCAGUUUCAGUACAAAAGGGCAGCUAGAAAGCUGUUUUUGCCUUCUGCCCUGUAACUGCUGCUGUUGGGGCUGCGUUUUGGAGCUGCAGUUACCCUCCGUGGGCUCUGCUGUGGCUAACGCUGCAGCAUGGACAAUUUUAAGGCAUGGAAAGGUGAAUGUUUAAUGUUAUUUCAAUAGUAACUUGGAAUAGCUUUCGGGUUGUGUGGCUUUGCUUUGGGUUGCAUUUUAUGUCUAAAACAGUAAUAAAGGGCUUAAAGUUCCACUGUGAUAUGAAAUUCUGGCGUACUGCAAAGAAGAGGGGAGUUAAAGAGCCAGUUCUUUUUUUUUCCUUCCUGGGAAAGAGGGGAUAACAGUAAAUAAGGACAAGAUAAUAAUGGUUUGAAAGGAAAGCAUUCACUAAGGGAUUGAUUUACUGUAGGUUUAAUGGAAGGUUGCAUGAAGAGUUUAUUCAGCAGAGGAAGGUAGGCUGAAAUAUAUGAAAAAUAUCCCUUAUUUCAGAGAAUAAACAUAGUUCUACAUUCAUCCUAAGUAUCAUCUUUUUGGUGAAAGUUGGUAUUUCUUUUGUAAUCCAUAUAGGUCAAACUCAUUCACAUCCUAUUUAGAAGCAGCAGUAUUCCCUUGCAAAUCCCUCGUGGCUUGCAGUGUUUUGCAAUAUUACACAAAUCACAAACACUGUGUCGGUUAAUUGCUGCAGGACCCUGUGAUAUAUAUAUUUUUAAAUAAGGGUCUUCUGUACAAUCAGGCUGAUAUUUUUGCUAAGACCCACUCACGGCAGCAUAUAAAGAACAUAAUCAGUGAGAGUAUCUGUCUCUUCCACCCUUAUAAUUCUGUGAUUUUCUCACAGUUCACAUUAAAACAAGCUAAACGAUAUUUUUAAUAAUAAGAUCAUGAACCCAUAAGAAGAAACAAUGUAAAGAAAACAAGUCCACUGAAAAAUAAAUAGUACCAUGCAAACUAAUUUAAUAAAUGACCCAAAUUAAUCAAUAGUAGUAAUAGUUUAAUAGAAUUUUGUAACCAAUGGAUAAGAUGUUAACUCCAGACCCACAUAAAUCAAUGGAAUUUUGCCUUUGAAUUAGCUGAGAACACAAUUCAAUUUGUGGUGUUUAAUGGAGAACAACAUUCUUGUUCUAGAGUGUGAUUGACUGUUUUAAAUAUUUUAUAGAAUGUUUGUCAUGUGAUUAUUAGCUCUCUAGUAAAUGCCUUGGACUAUUACUACUUGAAAGUUUAGAAGAAAAUUCUUCACUUCAUAAGAUGCAACUCGGAACAAGCUAGAAGGAAUUAAAACCUGCUUUUGAACUCUCUUCAUGGUGUUUGUAAG